UUCAGCCAACUCUGCUACAAACUGUCAGAGGACAUUGGUUACGUGCUUUACUCCGCAUUGGGAAGCUUCUACAUCCCGUCAUGCAUCAUGGUCUUCGUAUACAUACGCAUUUACUUUGCUGCUAAAGCAAGAGCGAGACGAGGAAUACGGAAGCCACUGAAACCACGGCCAACGGCCCCGCCAGAGUCGCCGGACAUCCGGCAAACGAGCUUCACUCAGUCUAGUGCAACGGAAGCUCGACUGACACCCAGUAUCAAUACCCUGGAAAACGUAGCAACUAUUGAAAACCAACCAGUACAAAUUCCCAUCGUCACUUGCGACUUUGCUAGUGACGUAAGUACUUCUGAGGCUGAUCCUGGUGGAGGAGGUAUUUCUAAUAUUGAUGACAAGGAUACACUCAAGGUAACAAUGGUGAUGCCGAUGCAAAAGACGAAUCUAAUGGCAACCCUGUCGGUAAAUGGGGGUGAGGGCCAAUCAAGCCAAGGGAGUGUUCCAACUCGAUGUCGUGCUCCAAGUGUGGGCAUCGAUGUCGACAUGGUGUCAGAAUUUGAUCCAUCGUCAUCAGACAGCGGAGUAGUGUCUAGAUGUGCUGUAGUGAAACCACUGAAGCUCCGUCUUUGUCGGCCUAUAUUUGGUCGUAAAGCGAUAGGAAAAGUAAAACGGGAUCAAGGUGAAGGAGGAAGACAUGGCAACAAGGAUGCUGGAACUCCGAUAGAAACGAAGCCACCAAAGCCUCGGGAUCCAGAGAGAGAAAAGAGAAGAAUCGCUCGAAAAAAAGAAAAACGAGCAACUCUAAUUCUAGGGUUGAUUAUGGGUAGUUUUAUAGCUUGUUGGUUGCCAUUUUUCUUCCUCUACAUCGUGAAGCCUCUUUUUUCUGACCUUCAAAUACCCGCUCAGGCAUUUGUCAUUGCAUUCUGGUUAGGUUAUAUAAACUCCGCCCUCAAUCCAGUGAUAUACACGGUAUUCAACAAGGAAUUUCGUAGAGCAUUCCGCAGGAUACUCUACAAAUGAAUUGUCUUAGCAAUCACUCGUAUAAACUAUUAUGGACAAUAGAGACAUCGAAGCUUGAGUGCACCGGGUGGUGAAGACACCCCAUGGACAAUGGGUGAAAGUGUGAACUACCAAGAUUUCUCGAGGGUCUUGAGUAGGAGCCAAUCGGAAUUACAAUUCAUAAGGGUAACUUUUGCUGUAGAAUUAAGCACGAACUCACAUUGACGAUUCCUCAAGUGGCAGCGCGCCGAGCGUGUUACCUAGAAAUUUGCCGAGCCAACUUAAGCCCCGACCCGAUUGCGAAUUCGUUCCAAUCAAGUACUUGCGAAUCUACAAAUCAGGAUAUUAUCUCUGAAUUGACAAUAGCUCCUUCAAUUCUAGCAUUCUCAGUUAUAUCUCUCGUUCUUGUUCACUGCUUUUGUCUUUAAAUACAAUUAUCUUAUGAAUUGGAGCCACAACUGCAUCAGCAGUAGCUUCCAUGCUCCGUUGAAUCUACAUGCCAGUGACGAUUGCGACGAAUUGUGAAUAUUCGCGGCGGUUGACAUGCAUUCUAUCUACUGUAAAUGUAAAUAAAUGUACACAUGUAUGGAUGUAAGUUCAUAAAGAAUAAGCAAUGAUAUUGCGAACAAGGAAUUUAAUGUUGAACGUACAGAAUUUUAAAAACUUUUUCUCCUCUUAGAAUAAUCACAAAAAUAAAAUCUGUUAAUCAUCAUAAUAUAGCUCUUCAAUUUUCAAAUGAGAUUUCACAAUUUUAAACACUGUAAACCAGAGGUGUGUUAAAAUAGCACACCUUAAGCGUGUUCAAUAUCAAAUUACUAUACAAGAAAUAGCUAUAAAAACAGUUGUAACAACUAUCCAAAUAAUUAGAGUAAACAUAAGGAUUAGUGUGAUGGCAAUCUACUUCGGUUAAACUUUGGAUUACUCCUACAACGAUAAAUUUUUUUCAGUGUAGAGCUUUGUAGUUAUUUUUAACACGCUUCAAGGUGUGUUAAAAUCUAUGGUUUGUUUGUAGAGUUCAACAUUGAAGACGUUUAGGUAUGUUUACUGUAACACACUUUGGAUUUACAGUGAAAGAUUUAUUAAAUUAUAUUCUUUACAUACUUCUGUACAAGUAAUCAAUAAAUUUUUUUUUUGUUCCAAGUAACUUUCAUCAACAUUAAGAUAUUUUGAACCAAAAUCAACACAUUUUACAGAAAUAACAUUCAGUGUAUGAUUUUUCUCUCGAAUAUUUCUUUUUCUUUUUCUAUAAAAGCUAACCUCAUUUUCUAAUGUAAAAUAAAGUAGCAACUAUAUCAAUCCUCAAAAAGUUUUCUUUGCACUCAUAAAGACAGAUUUAAAUGAACGAUAAAAUUAUACAAAUGCCUAUGCAACAUAUUUAUAACAUUUUUUAUCAGUUUGUUAUUUCCUUAGUAUUUUCACACGCAUAAAUGGACUAAGAGUAUUUUCUCUCGCACUGUUGUUGGAGACGUUUCUUGAAUUGUGAAAAACACGAUAGAAAAGAUAUAUAUUUUCUUUAAAUAACUGACAUAUUUUAUUCUUAAAACAUCUUAGUGAUAAUAACGAUUCGUUAUUGAAAAAAAAUAUUUUUCUAUAAAUCAUAAUUUACAGUCAAAAUAACCUUUGGAAAAUAAAUAAUCAGCACUCACAUGAAUAUUAAUUUUUGCAAAGUCAUAAAACUAAGAAAAUUUAUUGUCACAUUUGAAGAGAAAUAAAAAUACCCAUUAUUUCCAGCAGUUGCAAAAAAGAUAUAAACUGUGAACAAGUUAUAAAAUAAAAUUUAAAUCACUUGAUAUUGUUGUUUAUUGACAACAUAAAAGUUUUUAAUAAUAACUGUUAUAUUUUACAAUCGUGAAGUUUAUUUAUUCUCUGUUACAACCACCAUUAAUGGUACCAUUUCAAUAAUACUUAAUACAAUAAAUGUAUGUAAACCACAUACAUUGUACAGACAGACAAACAUUACAUUUUGACUAUGUUACUUAAUGAAUCGAUAACUAUCAUGCAUCUCCCACAUCCUCUCUUAUUAGGGCAAACCUUCCUAUAUCGUGUUCAUUCGCUAAUUCGACCAGUUACUGGUCUAACUGGUCAGGUCACAUCAACAGCAUUGUUCAACCAAUGGGUAGGAUUUACCGAUAAGGCUAUGUCACUUCUCGACAGAUUAUUAUCAUCACCCCGAUCAAUAACACUCAGACGUGAUCGUCAGAGCUUUGCGUUUUGAUUAUAAUUAUUGGACCAGCAGAAUGUUAGAAAUUAGAAGCAUAAACAACAUGACGUAUAGCACAUAAAUUAUCUAAAUACAUUUAUUACCUUAAAACGAACCAUAAUUAUUUAUUCAAUUUAUGUAUGAAUUUUAUAAAUGGAUCAAAUAGUUAAACUAAACGAAUAUUCUUGUAAUUCGAAUUUUUUUCACAUUCAUAUUGGCAUGGAAACUAAACGGAAAAAAGCCCAUUUUACUCAUUGUUGUUCAAUAAAAAUUAUUUAUAAACAAAGAAAAGCAAUAAUACUCAGUUAACAAGAGGUUCAUCAACUGAGCUUAAAAUAAUUAUUAACGUAUAAUAAUUUCAUUGAAAAAUUUGAGUAAAAAAAAUCCUUUGUAUUUGAAAAAAAACUCGCAUUCGGGUCGUUGAGGCAAAUUAAUUAUUCAAUGUUCCCUACUACCAAAAGUUGGUCGAUUAUGAAUAUAAUAAUUAGGACUGGCGAUGUACUUAUUUAUAUAAAAGAGAAAAUAAAAAAAAAUGUAAUAUUUGUUUAAUAACUUCUUAUGCGACAAAAAAAAACUUCAUACACAAAAUUAUAAUUGUUAUAUAUACAUAUACAUAAAUAUAUAUAUAUAAAUUGUAUUAUAUACAGAUUAUAUGAAAUGAGACUUUCUCGUAUUUAGUAAUAAACUGUCUUUUUAAUAGUA